CUGCGCAUGUCAGACGCGGCCGCUUCCGGUUUUGUUUCCGGGCUCCCAAGCUUCUGAUGCUAAUCAAAACAGCAGGCAACUGGAACUUAGUAGCGGAUUUAUUUACCCCCACUUCUGUGUACGGCCGGACUGGGCUUCAGAAUGCUGGGGUACAUCUGGCAGUACUUGUACAGCUCGCUCUUUCGAUUGUGGUUGAAGUGGUUCCUCAGACAGAUAACGGGAAAAUGUGAGCUGCAAAGGAUUUGCGAUGGUUACAGGCAGGGAGUGGCGCGGACAAGCAGGGCAGAAUAUUCUCUUGAAUGCUCAAAAAGCAUGACGCUCCGGACGGCCAUCGAUGUUGAAGAAAGUGGGUUAGAGCAACGUGUCACCGCUAUAAUGGCAGAGAAGAACAUCAGAUCUGAGAAAGAUCCCAUGUUUAAAACAAACCUGAAGGUUUGUUUACUCCAAAUAAAUGGAUACAGGAAAUUGUACUUAUACGUGGAGGACCUCAGAAAGCAGGUGUUUGAGUCUGAGAAAAAGGAACACGAGGAGCUGCUUUUGAAGUUAUGGGAUCUGCUGAUGCCUUCUGUGAAGCUGCAGUCCAGAAUUACUAAGCAGUGGGGAGAUAUUGGUUUCCAAGGCGAUGACCCCAAGACUGAUUUCAGAGGAAUGGGCAUGCUGGGCUUAACCAAUCUCGUUUUUUUUAGCGCGCGAUACACAGAAUUAUCGCGGCAGGUCCUGUCACAUGCGAAUCACCCCAAGUUAGGUUACUCCUAUGCCAUAGUGGGUAUCAACCUGACGGAGAUGGCCUACAGUCUCCUGAAGAGCGGCGCUCUCAAGCCUCACUUCUACAACACUGUGGACGGGAGCCCAUCCCUGGAGCACUUCCAUCAGCUGUACUGUUACCUUGCCUACGAGUUCGAUAAGUUUUGGAUCGAAGAAGAGCCGGCCAGCAUUAUGGAGUUCAAUCUGUACAGGGAGAGGUUUCACGAGAAGGUGAAGAUGCUCCUGGGGGAGCCCGACGUGUCCCUCUCGCUGAAACUGACGUCGUAACCGUUACCCUGAAUUUCUUAAAGGGACCUGUGCAUUUCAUUAAUGGUCUGAAUAAGUAUUAGCAAUACGGUACCCAUCCCCUUUAAUUUUUUUUAACCAUUACAUUUUUACACAAUUCAAAUGUAAUAAGUUAAAGAAAACUGUAAUUUGCCUAAAAAGCCCACCUAAUACUCACAUUGACUAUGGAUGGAAUGGGUGUAUUUAAAUAAUGGGCAUCAAUUGCACACAGGGGAUACUGAAGCUGAUUUUCUUAGAAGAAUGCUAACCAAUGAAAUUUAGCUUAGCGAAUAAGACUGACUGUAUUUGUCUUUUUUAGAAAGAUACUUCCUGCCUCUUUGGCUUUUGUGACUGAAUCUCAGGAAUUCUCAGGAAUUUAAGGGCCAACAUCCCCAUUGUUUUACUGGUAAAGCAAGCAGCACUUGCCUCAUGGCGAUGUGGUUACUUGCUAUACAGCAUUUUUACGUUUUACCGUCUGUUGCUCUUCUUUUAGAGGUUGUUCACCUUCUCUGGUAUGACCGUGAAGGUGCUUUAAAAAGACGACAUGUUUGGAUGAUACGUUCUUGAUUGACCCCCUGUAUGCCAGCAGUGGAGGCUCCAUUCUGCCCCCUACAGCCCGCUCUGGGCAGUCACGCACAGCAUGUGCAUUAAAAGCAACUUUUUAGUGUGUUAUUUAUAUACCGUGUUCUGCUUCUGAAGACUUUGUAAUUUCGGAGGAAUUUGACGGUCUGUUCCUUUGUACAUUCUGGCAGAGCACCUCACACGAGAAUAAACUGACUUUUCACAAG